UGACUUAAACGCAUUUACAUAGAUCUUUGAAUAGAUUCAACUUCAUGAUGAUUUCAUAAACUGUCUUGACAGUUAUCUAAACGUUCAUCUCGACAUUUACAUGAGGUACAGCGGAGCAGGUACUGGAUCGGAACCAGCUGUGUGCAGAUGUGCUUCCGGUUCUAACACCGGGUCAGUCGAACCUUCGCGCCUCUCCGACCAAUCAGAGCAGCAGGUAAAUGUCAGCUGCUGUUGCGUUAGUGUGAGUCUGGCCCCGCAGAGAUGCGGUGCUGUCCGCAACAGCCGGCGGGUCUGUCGUGCGUGGUCUGCCCCCUCACAGCUGCUGCGUGAGUCCGCGGUGCGGUGCGGUCCUCCCGGGCUGUGCGUGGUGCUGUCUCGCUUCUCUCUCGCUUCCAGCGCCUUCACCGCCUCUCCGGCAGCGGACUGAGCAGGCCCCUCGCAGCCGCCCCACGGUGGCCCCUCGCCGGACUGAUUCCCGCCGCGGCCCCGGCAGGUGAAACGGCGGAACCGCCGCCCGGAUCCUCCCGCACGGGCAGGGUCGCGGAUUCACGCAGCGCUCCGCGGGGGAAGCCUGCGCUGUGAUGACAAACCCAGCAAAGUGCGACACGCACAAACCCCAGCGGGCCUGCUCUGCGUCGCCACUCGGCUGUAAUGCCUCUCCGGGGGGCUUCAGGGGGCAGAUCGUAGGUGAGGCGGCGGGACUUAUUGUGUGAGGAAGGCGGCGGCCGCGGCGCUCUCAGACGAGGAAGUGAGGCUUCAUACACGCCCAUCGGAGCCAGCUCACACGCAGCCGGAGCGCGCGUCCCGCACCGCCGCAGACCUCUCCAACAUGCGCUCGCCUGCGGAUGGACGCCAGCAGGAGUAGCACCGACAACCCCGCGUUCAGCAGUCAGCUCCAGCAUUGAUGAUGGACCAGGAGCUGCAGAUCCAAUCAGAACAGGCCACCAAUGGAGCCAGCCCUCAGGCCAAAGCCGACCCCUCCACGCCUGCAACCCCGACCCCUCCUCGCCUCACCCCCAACCCCAUGCUCCUGGACUCCCCCGCACCCAUGCUGACCCCCAUCACCUCCUCCCCUCCGCCCCCCCUCACCCCUGCUCCCUCCCUCUCCGCAGCCCACAGACCAAAGACGGCGGCCGGCGCUCUGUCGCCCCACGUUCUCGUCCCAGCCCCGCCCAAGCUCACCUCCACCACCACCCCCACCCUGCGGACGUACUCUCGCCCCAUCCUCCCCUCCCCGGCGACUACAUCCAAAACAUCGCCCUCUGCGCAGACAUCCACCUCCCCUCUUCUCCCUCCGUCCUCCUCCUCUUCUUCUGCUGUGACAGCCACGUCUUCAUCCCCGCUCUCCUCAUCCUCAUCUUCUCUCAGCAACACCUCAACCAAGACCUCCACCAGCAUGACCAACGGGAGCUCCAGACCUGCAAACACGUCCACGCCCAUCACACCCUUCCACACACCAGCCAGUCCACCUGGCAGACAGGUAUCUCAGGCUCACCCCGCGGGCACACCUGGCCCUGUGCGAGCCAAUCAGAGCCCCCCUGUCAGGCAGAGGGUGUCCCAGCAGACCUUGCUCUUGGGAAAAGGUCUCAAAGGGUCUGGUCAGGACCAGGUGCUGCUCAGAGCUCAGAUGCUGAUUCUAACGUCUGCUAUGCGACCUGCACCGUCCUCCUCUUCCUCCUCUAUCCCUUCCUCUAACCCCGCCUCUGCUCAGCUCCAGAGUCUCACCUUGAGGCCUUCUCUCCCUGGGACCCUCACUAUCCCACCUACCCUUCGACUGAAGCCCCCGUCUUCGAUCCCGCCGCCCCUCUCUCGGCCCAACACCCCACUCUUCCCCCCGCUUCGGCCGCGACCGCAGCCCAGCACCACGCCAACGGAGAGCCCGACCACUCCCAUCCGACACCUGCCGGUCCCUCCUCCAACUCUCUACUCUCCAGUUCGAGCUGUCCCCCUCAAACCCCGCCUUCACUCUCCAAACAGCCACAGAGUGACGUCACCCCGACAAUCCUUCCCCCUCCAGCCAAUCGCAGCUGCUCCUUCCAGUCAAGCCCCGCCCACCAGCCGUCCGUUGAAGAGCUGUCCGUUAACUCAGACGAUGCUCGGUCCAGGCCAAAGCCAGCACCGGCCGUUAUCUGUUAACAACCACUUUGAGUGCUCGCCGUCCGCGGCGAGGCAGCUUCAGAUCAUCGCCCUCUCCUCUGGCCGCCAGUCGGUCGCCGUGCCGCAGCCUACGCCUCCAGCUGCAGACUCACCUGAUCUGUCCAGCCAAUCAAAGAGAACUGUUAGUGCAGAAGACAGGAUUCCUCUGCCUCUAAACUCCAUGACACCUAAAGCCGCCUCCUCGCGGACUUCACCGCCAUCUGUGCAGAGCCUGGCUUCCCCCUUAAACCCACAAACUCUGACCCAGAGAGGGGAAGAACCGGAGGAGAGGAGCAAAAGGAUGAAAACUGAAGACAAGGAUGAGGGGAAAACCACGAGAGACGUGCAAGUGGGAACAGGAGACCAAAGAGAAAAAGUGAAGGAGGAGGUGGAGAUGAGAUGUGAAGAUCAGAUGGAAGUGACAGAGGAAGGGAGGAGGGCGGAGGAGGAAGAGACUCCCAUGGACCAGUCGGAGGUUCCUCUACAGCACCAAACCACAACGCCGGAGACUGUUAAGGACUCCAGGGAGGAAAUAAAACCAGCUCCAGAUCCCGUUCUAGAAGCCCCACCGGAGCCAGCGGUCCUAGACCAGAACCAGAGGCUGCCAGAGCCUCACAGAGACCUGCAGCCCGUCAGCCACGAGGACUUCUGCGAGAACAUGUCCACCCAGUCUGACAAUCAGUCAGCACUCUCCAGCCUCUCCUCCCAGUCUCCUCCCUCCUCGCCCUUCGUCACCCCUGCAGCAGAAAACCCAGCACCGCCACCUCUUCUGCCUCAGUCCGACCAGCCGGCGGACCUCAGGGUGCCGCAGCCCAAGGUGCAGAAACUCAGCCAAGCAAUGCCUGAUUCCCAGCCUGCGGCUGAAACCGAGCUGGAGCAUCUCGACCAAUCAGAAGACGAGUCUGAGAGUUUCGAUCAAUCACUGAACAGCCCCUGGGAGCCAAGGGCGUGGCCUGAAGGCCGUAAGGUUCUGACUCACCUGGUGGAAGGAUUUGUCAUCCAGGAAGGACUUCAACCGUUCCCUGUGAACCGCUCGUCCCUGCUGGUUCCUGAACAGGUGACCAAACCGCAGGAAGUCAACGGGACCAAUGGGAAAGCAGCACUGCCAGAGACGGACGCAACAAAGCAACGGGAGAACUCCACCGACUCGGAGGAGGAAGAAGGAGGAGAUACAGACAACACGGGAACACGGGCGGGCCACAGAGACCGGACUGUGCUGCACUGUCAGUUCUGCGGGAAGAGGGGCCACGCACACAACUUCAUGCGCUCCAAGCGCUUCUGCUCCACUUCCUGUGCUCGCGGGUUCAACGUCCGGCUGACGAAGCGUCUGCGAGCUCUGAGUGCUGGCAGCCGCACGGAGAGGCCGCGUCCCGCCCUCAACCGGGCCGAGUCGGUGCCUGGGAAACCCCUGCUGCUGCGGCUGCCCCGCGACCUCUGGAGCGCCGGCCGCCGUGAGAAGGAGGGAAAGGAGAAGCCGGGAGCAGCAGCAGAACAGCCAGACAAGGAGGUGGAGGAGCUGGGAGGAUUCAGGGGCGAGGAUGAGGACAAUGGACCGGAGGAGGAUCCCGCUGUUGCCAUGACGGCCAGAAUGGACCACCGAGCCGCCCGCAGGGCGAGACGAGCGUCCGCUCCCGCCGUGACCACCUCGACUCCCACCACCACCUUCAGGCCCGCCCCCUCCCAGUGGAGUGUGGAGGAGGUGACCGCCUUUAUACACACGCUGCCGGGCUGCAGCGACGUGGCCGAGGCUUUCCGGCUGCAGGAGAUCGACGGCCAGGCUCUGCUGCUUCUGACCGAGGACCACCUGAUGUCCAGCAUGAACAUCAAACUGGGACCAGCUCUCAAGAUCUGCGCCCACAUCAACGCGCUGAAGAACCAGUGAAGGAAAACGGAGGAACAGCAGCGAGAAAGACACGGAAACACGGCAAUAAUGAUGUGGAAGACAGAGACAUGGACAGCUUGGAAGACAAAAGCUGACACCGACAGAACAAAGACAGAGAGGUCACCUUAAUUUAUGACGGGAGACUUUAAAAGGAGGCGUGGCCUCCGGGCAGGAGCAGAAUCCGUCUGAGGCCUUUAGGCUGUAGCAGGAGACCAGGGGAUUUUUGUAACUUUGUGUAUAUCUUACAAGCCACUGGAGAGUGUACAUUUCAAACUAUUUCAUGAAGGAUUUUGAACAUUUAAUAUAUGAAAUUUGUCUAUUUAGUUUUUUUAGAAUGUGACGUCAACGACAAAUCUAUCCCGUAGCUAACAUAACCAGUGUGUGUACGACAAAAAAGAAGAAAGCAUAGACUUUGUAAGUGAUUAAUGAAAGCUUAAUGUUUUAUAUGAACAUAUUCAGGAGAAAAUAUCUGUGGGUUCCGAACAGCCUCUAUCACUGACUGGUGUCUUCAAUGACACAUUUUUAUGGUAUCCUGCUUGAAAUUAUUUAAUAAAUGAAUAAUUACUCAACAGAA